AUGCCCACGCUUCAAGACUUCCUCCGCGACUUCGACGAAGCCUUCCGUAGCCGCGCCCGCCUAGCCUCCCUCUACUCCGACUUCCGUUUCCAAAAGGCCUCCAACCCCGACGGCUACACCGCCAACACCACCACAUGGAUCCGCGCUCUCUCCGCCGCCGCGCAAGCAGGCCUUAUCCCCGGGCCCCCAGGCGCUGAAGCUAAUACGUUUACUCUGCGAUCUGGCGAGGAGUUGGCUAGGGCGCUGCAGACGCAGGAGUAUGGACGACCUUUAGCACUCGGUGCGGCGAUCGAGGAGGCGGUGAGGAAGAGGGAGUUUGUGGGGUUGAAGGGGUUUUUGAAUGCGAAGGGGAGUGUGUAUGCGAGGAGUUGGAUACCCACGCCUUGGCAGGUUGUGAGUUGGACGCUGCGGCAGUUAGGUGUGGUCGGGGAGGGAGGAGAGGAUCGGUUGGUUGAAGGGGAGUUCGUGGUCAUGGCGAACGUGGAAUCGGCCGCGAAAGCAGUCCUAUCCCAGGCCUCUCAGAUCUCCACCUCCCAUCCCUCCCGCAUUUUCACGCCCGCCCUCUUCACCAGCACCUUCGCCCCAGCCCUCGAAAUCCUAAAUCUCUCCCCCACCGAUCUCUCCGUCCUCCUAACCCACCUCUCCCGCGACCGCUCCGCCAUUUCCUACUCCCCUGCAACCGGCACGAUCAAAUUCGCCUCACCCUCCGAACCCCAUUCCUCGCCCAUAACAGACGAAGACGUCUCCAUCGCCAACCUCCGCGCCCUCAUCGCCUCUCUCGAAACACAAACCACACAACUCACAGCCCAGAUCUCAACCCUCGACCAAAAAGCCCGCGAAGCCGUCACGUCAAAACAACCAGCCAUGGCCAAAUCCGCUCUCCGCUCGAAGAAACUCACCCAAACGAAACUCGAUACCCGCACCGCGACUUUGUCCCAAAUGGAAGAGAUCUACGCCAAGAUCGAACAAGCUGCUGACCAAGUCGAGCUCGUGCGCGUCAUGGAAGCUUCUUCCAGCACUCUCAAGAGUUUGAACAAACAGACGGGCGGGGUGGAGAAGGUGCAGGAUGUAGCCGAUGGUUUGCGGGAGGAGAUGACGACGGUAGAAGAGAUUGGAGGCGCGAUCAAUGAGGUUUCGGCUGGGACGGUGGAUGAGGGGGAGGUGGAGGAUGAGCUUGAGGCGAUGGAGAGGGGGGAGAAGGAGAAGGAACGGAAAGUGGUGGAGGAGAGGGAGAAGGAAGAGAGGAAGGUUAGGGAGGAGAGGGACGAGAGGGAGGCAGAGGAGACGAGGAGGAAGUUUGCGGAGUUGGAUCGGGUCGUUGCUGCUGGGACGCCUGUUGGUGAGCAGAACCAGCAGGGGGACAGCAAGACAGAAGAGGAAGAGAAUGCAGCGAAGCAGCGGGAAGAAGCUGCAUAA